AUGAGCUUCACCGAGAAGUUACGUAAGUCUUGGAUUGAGGAAAACGUCCUGAGGAGAGAGUGCGUGAGGUUUAUCCCCUCCUCUUGGGACCUACACAGAUGUUGCUGUGGCCGCCUGAUGGGAGAACACUCUUGGGGAGAGUUUGUUCCUCCCAUAUCCUUCUAUCCUGGUCCUGGCCAGGGUGUAGAAGAGAGCUGGUCCAUGGAAGUUCAUACCAAGGCCAGUCCCACCAAUGCCUAUGGGAUAAUUGAUUUUCAAGAUACUGCCACGCGUGUCUGUCGGGCAAAGUACGUUCGUGUGGCUGUGGACUCAAAGCCCGAAGUGCUGCUGCAGCUGAUGCUGAAGGAAUGGCAGAUGGAGAGACCCAAGCUUCUGCUUACCGUCCAGGGAGGCUCCGAAAACUUCCCCCUUCUCCCCAAAGUAAAGCAAGCCUUUAGCAACGGGCUGAUCACCACCGCCCUCAGCACAGGGGCGUGGAUACUUACUGAUGGGAUUAAUACAGGUGUGUCUAAGUAUGUGGGUGAUGCUGUAAAGAUUUUUGGAGGCCAUGACCUGAGGAAGAGAAACACAGUUGGCAUCACACCGUGGGGGGUGAUUGACAACAACACGGACCUCGUCGGCAGAGAUGUGUUCAGACCAUACCAGCCGCUGGGGAACCCCUUGAGCAAGAGGGCCUGUCUUAACGGUUUUCAUUCCCACUUUCUGUUGGUGGAUGAUGGGACGCUGGGCAAACAUGGCUGUCAACAAGGCCUGAGAAGGAAACUGGAGAAACAGAUCCAGCUACAGAAGAUUCAUCCCCGUCUGAACCAAAGAGUACCGGUGGUGUGUGUGGUGGUGGAGGGAGGUCCUGCCAUUGUGUCUGCUGUGUUGGACUAUGUUAGCAGUGUACCCCCUGUGCCAGUGUUUGUGUUUGAGGGAUCAGGCAGAGCUGCAGACCUCCUUGCCUUCUUACACAAACAGACUGCUAAUGAUAGGCAGUUGGAUCCUGACAUCAUGGAGGACUUCCUUGUCAGGAUAGAGAAUAUGUUUGGAGUUGAGAGGGCCCAAUCUACUCACCUUUACACUCUCUUCCAGCAGUGUAUGGAUCACAGAGAUUCUAUAACAAUCUUUGACUCCGAAUCAGAAGACCAGAUGGCCACAGAUGCUGCUAUUUUGACUACUACUCUCAAGGGCACCAAAGCCAGUCCAGCAGAGCAGUUAAGUAUGGCUCUGGCCUGGGACCGGGCUGACAUAGCACAGAACGACAUCCUGGUUUAUGGACAACACUGGCAGGUGGGUGCCUUGGAGCAAGCCAUGCUGGAUGCUCUGGUGAUGGACCGUGUCAGUUUUGUCAAAAUACUGAUUGACAACGGCAUGACAAUGGGCCGCUUCCUCACCAUGGAUCGCCUGGAGGAGCUUUAUAAUUCACCACAGGGCCAGACUCAGCGCUUCUUGCGCCACCUUGUUGAAGAUGCCAGACAGGCUUCUCUUCCCAUGGGUUACCGUCUUUCCCUCAUUGACAUGGGGCUGGUGAUAGAGUACCUCAUUGGAGGAGCAUACCGCAGCACCUACACUCGGAAAAACUUUAGAGCUGUUUACAACCGCAUGCAUGGCAAAGAGGGCAGACAGGACAGUUCUGGGUCCUUGUCAAAACAAAACAGAGGAUUGAGGUCAAACUUGAACAGGGACAGUAGUCUCCCGGAUCUGCCUUUCUUCAGGACUGCUCAGCCCUACAGACAAAAGGAUCAACAUGUGUCACCUGGAAACAGUCCGGGAGUGGUGUUGAGUCCAGACACUGAGGGUUCUAUGCUUCUGGUUCCUUUCAACUUCAACGACCUGUUUGUGUGGGCCAUCCUUCAAGAGCGGCAGCAGAUGGCGCUGUUCCUGUGCCAACAUGGAGAAGAAGCCUUAGCACGGGCUGUUGUGGCCUGCAAACUUUAUCGCUCUAUGUCUUUUGAGGCACGGCAGAGCAGCAUGUACGACAACAUUGCAGAGCGAUUCAAGGCGUAUUCACUUGAGUUUGGUCAGGUAGCUGUGGAUGUGUUGGAUUGUGCAUUUCGGCAGAACGAACAAAUGGCCAUGAAACUGUUAACCUCUGAGAUGGAGACGUGGAGCCACUUCACCUGUCUGCAGAUGGCUGUCUCCUCAUGCCAUAGACCAUUUGUCUCACACUCCUGCACUCAGACCCUCCUCACAGACCUCUGGACUGGUCCUCUCAACAUGAGAAAAAACUCUUUUUGGAAGAUCAUUUUGAGCCUUCUCCUACCCCCUUUCAUCUUGCUGCUGGAGUUUAAAAGCAAAGCAGAAAUGUGUCAUGUACCUCAGACCCAUGAGGCGAUGCUGUUUGGACUUGACUCUGAGGAAUCUGAUCAUACGCUUAACCAGAACGCAGAACACGACCAUUCCUUCCAUAACAAUUAUCUCGGUCCUGUAUCUGAGACGGUGUCCAGUGUCACUGUGCAGUGUUUAUCAUGGGUCACAAGACUCUAUGAUUUCUACACAGCUCCUGUUGUCAAGUUCUGGUUUCACACAAUGUCGUACUUGGCAUUUCUGAUGUUGUUCUCCUAUGUGGUCCUGGUCAAAAUGGAGGAUCAGCCAAGUGUUCAGGAGUGGCUGGUCAUUACCUACAUUGUGUCCACUGGAGUGGAGAAAACCAGAGAGGUCCUAAUGUCUGAACCGAGGAACCUGAGCCAAAAGCUUAAGAUCUGGUUCUCAGAGUAUUGGAACAUUUCUGAUUUUAUUUCGAUCAUCCUGUUUCUGGUUGGAUUUGCAAUGCGUUGGAAUACUAAUCCAUACAAGACUGCAGGGCGCAUUGCUUACUGCUUGGAUAUCAUCUUCUGGUUUGUCAGAGUGAUGGAUCUGUUGGCUGUCAAUCAGCAUGCUGGCCCUUACCUCACCAUGAUCACUAAGAUGACCAGAAAUAUGUUCUUUAUUGUGGUGAUGAUGGCAAUCGUGCUGCUGAGCUUUGGGGUGUCCAGGAAGUCCAUCCUGUCUCCAGAUGAGGAGCCUUCAUGGAGCCUGGCUCGUGACAUUGUCUUCCAGCCCUACUGGAUGAUCUUUGGAGAAGUCUAUGCAGAUGAUAUGAAGUCAUGUGAGGAUUCAUGUCCUCCUUUGUUCUUCCUUUCACCAUUACUCCAGGCCGUCUAUAUGUUCUUCCAGUAUAUAAUCAUGGUCAACAUUCUCAUUGCCUUUUUUAACAACAUUUAUUUUGACAUGGCAUCAACAUCCAACAAGUUGUGGAAGUAUAACCGUUACCGCUACAUAAUGACCUAUCAGGAUAGGCCAUGGCUGCCCCCGCCCCUCAUCCUCCUCAGUCACAUAGCUCUUGUUUUGAGAGGCUUCUAUGGGAAAUUCAGUGGAAAGGCUGACCAAGAAGAGAGAGGCUCUGGGCUGAAGCUCUAUCUCGGCCACGGAGAUCGAAAAAAGCUGCAUGAGUUUGAAGAGAAAUGUGUAGAGGCCUAUUUCCAUGAGAAGAGUGAAGGUCUUCACAGCAGUCAAAUAAAGAGGAUCAGAGCCACAGCUGAGAGAGCUGAGGAGAUGGGUGUGACGAUGAACGAUGUCUCAGAGAAGGUCAACUUUAUUCAAGACAGCCUGUCAGAGAUAGACUGUCAGCUGGGCGAGCUCCAGGACCUGUCAGCACAGGCUGUGGACACACUCACUCUGCUCUCUGCUUCUGAUAGCCUACAUCAGGGAGAGGCCCGUCUGGCUCAGUGUCGACUAAUUUCAGCAUCGCAGCAUGUCUACCCCCAUAGCUGGACCCUCCCAUACGGGACGGGAACAGACUGGGAUGUUUCUAAUAUUCGACGGCUGAUGGUCAAAUCAUGCAAAAGUACCCCGCCUUCCUUGCUAAAGGGCUCUGCUCUAACAACAAGCAGACCAACAUGUCAGGAAUGCCAUGUUGGGACCAGGGGAAAGGAGGAACAUGAGCAGACUGAGGAAAGAGAGUGUUCUCCUGAGGACCAUCCUGGCAAGAGCUGGUUUGGAAUCUCAAAAUCUGCGUCCCAGGCUUCCUUGUCUCACUGUUAUGGUGGUGGAGUGCGGGGCCAGGCGUCCUCUGAGUCCUGUGAAUCAUCACGCUGCGGGUCUCCCCUCUCUCCCAGAGGCUUAGGAUCACAACAUCAUAGACCCUGGACAUGUGACCCCUAUCUGUAUCUGAGCCAGGAAGAAAAAUCCAUGGAGGAGGGAGAAGAAGAUGAGGAGGAAGAGCAAGAAGAUGGAGAGGAAAGAGCAGGGAAAGAGCAGCCCAACGAAGUGGAUAACUGUAAACCAGGUUUUCGGUCCAGACAUUCCAGCCAGUGGAGAAAGCCCAUCAUAUUCCCCAGGUGGGCAUGCAUGUCCAGAGAUCGUCCCUAUGGAAACUGCAGAUCUCUUUCCUCCAGCAUGGAAAACAUGACUUCCUUUGUGGCACCUCUCGGCCCAAUGAGGGGAUCAGUUUCAUCUCUUAAUGAAUCGGUGAACAACGAUGGAAUGUCUGGGAGGAGGGGCUUUAGUAAUGAUUCAUCUCUGCAGCGCAGCAGGAACCAAGAGUGGUCCAAGUCCUCUGACUUCACUCAUGUCCUUGCCAGCCAAGGCAAAAGCCACAAUAGGAAGACGGUGAAGAUACAAGAGAGCAGUCUAGCCAAAUCCCACUUAUCUGAGGCUUCGGGAAGAAGACGUCAGAGAUUUAUAGGAGAACCUACAUGUUGGUCAGCUUCAGCCAGCCUCAGUCAACUCGAUUUUGAUCCCACAGAUGUGUUGCCGAAGAAGGUGUCUUCUCAUCCGGAUAUAUGGAGCCCCAUUCAUCCUGCAUGGAGCAGCGGGGUCAGGUCCACGGGCCGAAGGGCUUCUUUACAGGGUGGAGUUGCAUCUGAAGCCAAAAGUUCCUCCUUCCAGUUCAGUGACGAUUUGUACCCGCAUUAUUCAGCCGUGGAAAGGAACAAUCUGAUGAGACUGGCUCACACCAUUCCCUUCACUCCUGUUUCACUUUUUGGAGGUGAAGAGGUGAGCAUCUAUAACCUGAUGGAAGUACCCUCUGACACCGAUGCUGAAGCAACUUUAGUCUCUUCCUGGUCUUCCCGAGGCCAGUCGGCCAUACUUCAGCCGCUCUUCAGUGAAGAAGGCUCUCUGGAUGGCGGUCUCAUGAAGGGAUACAGAAUGCUUUGUACCUGGGCAGAAGGGGAUGUGCUCAGGCCUGGUCUGGUAUAUGUGGUCAAAGCCUUUAAACCUGAGGUGGUGCGUGCCUGGCAAAGGUACUUCCACGCCAGCACUGCACUGCAGCUUUGCUUAAGGGAGAUCCAGCAGCAGCGAGCAGCGCAGAAGAUGAUGGAAGUUUUUAACCAGGUCAAACCUGAGGAUUUGCACCAUUCACCCAGAUUUCUGGAUGUAUCACUGGUCCUAUGGCAUUCUAAUGGCCAGUGGAUGACCAUUGAAAGGAAUAUGACUGGUGACUUCAGGAAAUACAACAACAACACAGGAGAGGAGAUCACCCCCUGCUGUUCUCUGGAGGACCUGCUGCUAGCAUUCUCUCACUGGACAUACGAAUACUCGUGCAGAGAGCUGCUGGAGUGGGAGAGGAGCUAACUGAUCCAACUGUCAUUAUGGCUGACAAUCAAAGUGGUGGCAGGAGUGACCUGCUUUUUGGUCCUGAUAACCUUGGAGAUGCUGCCAUCAACGGUUUCCUGCAGAAACACUCUUGCAAUUUCUCCUGCCGCAGACUGGGCCUUAAAGGU